CAUCAGCCUCUAUACAAAGCGCUCACAAGCGCUCCUUAUAGAGGGACAGUCGCUGAGCGGAAGGAGCACAUCUGUUGCGUUUGUUUCCCUUAUAGACGGAUUAUUCUGCGGCACAAAGCGGGUUUGAUGAAGGUCAAUAUCAAGGAUGCCGUUAUUCUGCCCCUUUACCUGGCUCUCUUUCCAUCUGGUACCACAUAACACGGACAAACCUUUCAAGUGUUUUUGCAAGUCUUCAGCAAUCUAAAGCCCCGCCAUUGGGUGCCAUGGACGCAUGAGUUGUGCUGCAGAUGAGAUAAAGAGCAGGAGAAAUAAAACAAGAGACCUGCACAGGAUUUCCAAAGUACCCCUCAAAGGGGUGAUGCCAGUGUUGCUAAAUGCCGACACCACUUUCAGCUCCAGGCAGGAGCUCCUGGACUUGCAGGACUGUCCCCUCGAUGGGGGCACCUCUAUGGACACCCCUAGUCCCAUGGAUUCACAGACAGGAAGCCCAAUCGGGUCUGGUCCUAGAAGCCCUGGCGGGCCAGAAGCUUUUGGCCUCACUGGGCCCCUUAUUUUCACAAAGACUUCAAUGCUGCCAGGGGAGUUAUAUGGAGAGGGCAAUCAGCCUGAUACAGAGGUUCCUUUGGGGUUACAACUGAUGUCCAGUGAUUCUGAUCAUCUAUGCGGUUGGGGAGCUGUGAAGCCUAAAGUCAUCCAAGUGUUCAACACUCCUCGCUGGGUGCUGUUCUUCCUUUGUGUUGCAUCUUUUCUCCAGGGAAUGAUCGUCAAUGGCUUGAUUAACACAGUAGUCACCUCCAUCGAACGGCGCUUUGACCUGCCCAGCUACCAGGCCGGUCUCAUUGCCAGCUCCUAUGACAUUGCCGCCUGUGUCUGUCUGACCUUCGUCAGUUACUUUGGUGGUACUGGGCACAAGCCCCGCUGGCUUGGAUGGGGGGUACUCAUCAUGGCGUUGGGUUCUCUGGUGUUUGCCUUGCCUCAUUUCAUAGCCCCACCCUACUUGGUCAGUUUGCAGGAGCAAAUAGGAAUGUGUUCGGCCAACCGUACUAGCCACUGCCAGAACAAGGAGGGAGGAGCACUGUCCAGUUAUCGCUUUGUGUUCAUGCUGGGCCAGUUUCUGCAUGGUAUUGGUGCCACACCUCUGUACACUUUAGGGGUCACAUACCUUGAUGAGAAUGUCAGCUCCAACUAUGGACCUGUUUACAUAGGGAUUUUCUACACAGCAGCCAUUGUGGGGCCUGCUGGAGGCUACCUGCUGGGAGGUUAUUUCCUCAACAUCUACACAGACAUUCACCUGACAACAGAGAUGACUCCAGAAAACCCUCAUUGGGUUGGGGCGUGGUGGAUUGGGUUCCUAGCAGGAGGAGCAGCUGCUUCAUUGGUAGCUUUCCCCAUCCUGGGCUACCCUCAACAACUGCCGGGCUCACAGGAGCAUGUGGCCAGGCGGGUCUCUGAGGCCCACCAGCUGAAAGAUGGAAGCCACACUACAGCCUCAGACCCUCAGUUUGGAAAAUCAGUCAAAGACAUGCCAAGAUCUGUGCUGCUUCUCUUGAAGAAUCCUACUUUCCUCUUUCUGUGCUUGGCGGGAGCCACUGAGGCCACGCUCAUCGCCGGCAUGUCCACAUUCGGGCCAAAGUUCUUGGAGUCCCAGUUCAGUCUCAGUGCGUCCGAAGCUGCCACCUUGUUUGGAUACAUGGUGGUGCCAGCAGGAGGCGGUGGUACUUUCUUGGGUGGUUACAUCGUGAAGAGGUUGAACUUGCGCUGUCGAGGCAUCAUACGCUUCUGUAUGAUGUGUGCGCUGGUCAGUCUGUUAGCCAUCUUCGUCUUCCUCAUCCACUGCCCCAAUGUGCCCAUGGCUGGUGUGACGGCCCCUUAUCAGUCUGGGGUAAUGGGAGAGCACCAACUGGACCAGUACAAACACCUGUAUGACAAACCAACCAAACAACGAUUUAGAAACAGCUCUUCCCUGGACAUGAGCCUCACGGUGAGCUGUAAUGAGGCUUGUCACUGUGCCAGAGAAGUGUACAACCCAGUGUGUGGGGCAGACGGAGUGAUGUAUUACUCCCCCUGCCAUGCUGGCUGUACCUCCAUCAACCACACAGAACCCUCCACAGGCAAGCAGGUGUACGCUGGAUGUCGCUGUGUGGUGGGGAACGUGUCCUGGGGUGAGGAGAGCUUUGCUCUGACAGGGAAGUGCAGCAGCUCCUGCCACCACAUGCCAGUCUUCCUCUCCUUGCUCUUCAUCAUCAUCUGUUUCACCUUCCUCUGUAGCAUCCCAGCCCUCACUGCCACUCUCAGGUGUGUACCAGACAGUCAGAGAUCCUUUGGACUUGGCAUCCAGUGGAUAGUAGUGCGCACACUUGGCAGUAUUCCAGGACCAAUAGCAUUUGGCUCAGUGAUUGAUAUAUCCUGCUUAUUAUGGGAAGAUCAAUGUGGGGAUCAAGGAUCCUGUUAUAUAUAUCACAACUCAGCUAUGAGUCAGUACACACUGGUUGCUGGAAUCAUCUUCAAGGUUCUGGGGAUCAUAUUUUUCCUGGUAGCCAGCGUCCUGUACCAGCCACCUCCUGAGUCUCCUCAAAGCAGCUGUGAGAGCACAGACCAGGGAACCGACCACGUCAGCGACCUGCCAAUCAAAGAUCUGCCAGAGGAUGGCGUCAUUGUCAACCUGCAUGCCAGGUUAUGACAAAAUAGACCCUCCAACCCAAACGCUGUUUGUGUAUUUAAAAUAAAUACCUAGAAUGCCUUCACAUACCAAUGCAAAUGCACAGAGACAGGAGUGUGUAGCACUUCUAACAUGCUGCUCUCUUAGAACAAAAUCCUGCUUUGACUGCAUGUGUUUCUGAUGUGUGUGUGUUUGAUUGACUCAGCAAAGCCUCAUAAAGUUACUUCUCCCAACUUUUCAACUCUAAAGAUGACUUAAAUCUGAUCAGUUAAAUAACUUUUUUUGUCUGGGUAUGAUGAUGGUGAGCUUCAUUUUGUGGAUAUUUGCUGCUUUAAACCAUUUUUUCCAAAGCCAAUUAGACUCUUGACAGAAACAUGUUAUGGUUAUUGUUUGAAGUCUGAAAUGUGAAAAAAAUGAAACAAACGAAUGUUUUAUUCUUGAGUUCUUUUCCAGUGACUGACUGGUAGAUACGGUCUGUUCUUUUUUUCUAAGAACAGAUAAAGCCAUGUCUAAAGAUGUCGUAAAAAAAUCUCAAGGCCAGUGAAAAUGUAGCCAGAUAUUCUUCAUAUCACAUCCUUUUUAAAGCAGAGUACAGAAAGACCCUUACAUCAGAUAAGGUAUUCGAACACUAUCACAAUUCAAACACGUUAUAGCGAAAUUUAUAUUAUUACCAUUUGUUCCAGUAAGCUUUAACUGAAUGUCCCUGUUUAAAAGCUGCAAGACAGCUUUUCUUAAAAAACAACAAACAAAAAAAAAA